AUGAUUACAUGUCAAAAACAAUUAAAUAUUGUUUGGAGGGAUGAGUUCGAGGGACAGUCCUUAGAUCGGGACAAAUGGGAUGUCGACAACGAAUUUGCUAAACCCAAUUGCAAAGGCAAUUGGAUGCAACAAUUGCACUGUAACCUGGAUCAGCCCAAAAAUCUACAGUCAACGCACGAAUGUUUAGCCAUUACAGCCGCUCAUGAGACCAAUCCUUACCUUUUGUCUAAUAAUAAAAGUUUUAGUUCAGCGAUGAUUACGUCAAAAAAGAGCUGGACUUACGGCCGGUUCGAGAUUAGAGCCGCCCUUCCCAACGGGAAAAUGUUGAGAACGGCCUUUAUUAUGAUUCCCGCUGCCGAACAGACUGAAUGGCCACUCAAUGGCCAGAUAGAUGUUAUGACAAAUAUCCAGGACUCUAGUCUGGAUGCCGGUGCCCAUUACGGGUUAAGCCAAAAUGGAGACGCCCCGUACACCGGCGCUGAAUACAACGCCGUAUCCGCAAACCUACAGGACUUUCAUACCUAUGCCGUCGAGUGGAAUGAAACACAUAUUCAAUGGUUUUUCGAUGACAAUAAAUAUUCAGAAGAUUUUGAUAUCAAUAAGACGUUAACCACUGAUUAUACCAAAAAUGGACAGCCGUUUGACAAAGCAUUUAAGUUUACCUUAUCGUUAGGUGUGGGCGGGGAUGCCGAUUAUCUGUUCCCGGGAAUGACACUCACGGAGAGUGAUUACAUGUCAUGGAAGUGCUCGGCGAUUAUCAUCGAUUAUGUCCGCGUCUAUGAGUGGGUCGACAACCAUACUGUCCACUCGGGUCAUAUUAGCAGUGUAGGUGACCGCACAUCCAGUGCCGAUAUAUGCGAGUCUGUCAUGUCGUACAUACGAUCGCCUGAUCAUACGGACGGCGACUGUCACACAACUCCCGGACCAAUUGAACCCAUGUUUAAACUGACGCUCACGUCUAUUGUGUCAAUCAUUUGCGGCUUAAUUAUAGCAAUACUUAUAGUAAUCGUUAUAUUUCUAGCCGUAAGACAGAAGCGAUUAAAUCUCGUUAACCAAGAGAUUAGUCUCGACUCUUACGACGACUGCAGAGCCGGAGAUAGUCGUCUGAAAAGGGAUGAGACGUACGAUGAGGAUGAGUUCGAGGGUCCGGUAUUAGACAGAGAGCACUGGGAUGUGGAUAAUACAAUGUCUACUGCAAAGUGUAUGGAUUUUAAUAGCAAUAGAGCCAAUCAGUUGCAUUGUAACCUGGAUCAUCCUAAAAAUCUACAACUAAGGGACGGGUGUUUAGCCAUAACAGCAGCCCAAGAGUCAAAUAAUACAAUAUACAGUUCAGCGCUGAUUACAACAACCAAGAGCUGGACGUACGGCCGGUUCGUGAUUAGGGCCGCCCUUCCCAACGGGAAAAUGUUGAGACCAGUUAUUGUUAUGUUUCCGGUGGCCGGACAUGAGGGUCGGUGGCCCAUCGGUGGACAGAUAGAUAUUUUGUCAAACAAUCAAAACUCUUUACUGAAUGGUGGUGCCCAUUAUGGCAGUCCUGCUGUGUAUAGCAAUCAGGGACACCGAAAAGUAUCGGAAAACCUGCAGGACUUUCAUACUUAUGGUGUCGAGUGGAAUGAGACACACAUUCAAUGGUUUUUUGAUGACCAAGAUCAGUUGCAAAAUCUCGACAUCAAUAGGACGUUAUCCGAUGCGUAUGAGAGAAAAGGACAGCCUUUUGAUCGUCCAUUUAGGCUACGGUUGGAGUUGGGUGUGGGCGGGGAUGCAGACUAUCUAUUCCCCGGACAGACACUCACUGACAGGGAUUACAAGUCGUGGAAGUGUUCGGCGUUUAUCAUCGAUUAUAUCCGCGUAUAUCAAUGGGUAGACAGUCCUAACUCUAGCUCUAUUACUGGUGAUAACCGUACAUCCAGUGCCGAUAUCUGUGAGGAUGUAAUGUCUCACAUAAGGUCUUAUAAUAAAACCGAUGAUAACAAGAGUAUAAGCGCCAACCCUACCGGGGUAGGGGUCGGACAGCAACGAUAUGACCGAUAA